AUGACAGGUAGUCGACUAGUGAUCGGGCUUGAUUGCGGCACUACAUACACGGGUGUUGCCUUCUGCGAAAUCUCUGGUUCGAAGUCAGAGGAGCAGCAUAUCGAAAUCGUACACGACUGGCCUUCACGUCAUGGCAACGUUGGUACUAGAGAGAAGGUACCAAGCGAGGUAGCAUAUCUGGAUGAAGGCCUACGAUGGGGCUCUGAUAUUCCACCCUAUGAAAAGCGACAUAUGUGGACAAAGCUGGAACUUGACAAUCAUGGACAUGGCGAGGCCGCCAAGAUCAUUGGUGAAAUGUCGAAUCCGCUCAAGGCUCGUAAACCGCCUGUCGAAAUCAUCGCAGGCUUCCUUGCGCAAGUCAAAGGCCAUUUGAUCAAGAACCUAGACGACAAGUACGGCAAAGAACUGUGGAGAACGCUCCCUAUUACCUUGGUGGUGACCGUUCCAGCCGUAUGGUCAGAUGUCGCGAAAUACCGGACCAUGCAGGCGAUUGAGAAAGCUGGAUUCAAUUCUCUUGAGUUUAAAGAGUUGAAGAUGCCUGUUAUCGUUACUACAGAGCCAGAAGCUGCCGCCCUGUAUACGAUCAAGACACUCCGUGGCACAGCACAGGAUGCAAAGUUGUCAAUUGGUGACGGCUUUAUUGUCUGCGAUAUGGGAGGUGGUACUGUUGAUCUGAUUGCAUAUCGCGUGACGAGUAUUCAGCCAACUGUCAUUGAAGAGGCGACAGUGGGUAGCGGUGCUCAAUGUGGUGGUAGCUUCAUCGAUCGCGCAUUUCUCCAAUGGCUUGAGCGCCGUUUAGGUACUCAAGACUUUGUCAAAAUCGCUGGCUGUCGAAGCGAAGAGAUCCCUCGCACUUCGCUCACCAGAAAAGCGGCCAAACUUCUCCAGGAUUUCACUAUGGAAGUGAAAAGCGGCUUCUCUGGAACCCAAACAAACUACUUGCUACUUCCAAGCCCGCUGAGUGCUAUCGAUGACGACGAGAAGAGAGGAAUUAGUGACGGGGAGUUGAAGAUCACAGCGGACGAUACACGAGCAAUGUUUGACUCAUGCCUCUGUCAAACGUAUGAGCAGAUUCAAGAGCAGAUUCGACGUGCGCGUAUAAGCGAAGUGAAAAUCAAGUAUGUAUUUAUGGUCGGUGGUUUCUCAGAGUCACCAUAUAUGUUCUCGAAGAUCAGAGACUUCGUAAAGAAGCAAGAGAUACAAGCUAUUCGGCCUCCUUACGCUUGGUCUGCAGUAGUCCGUGAUGCCGCAACCAAAGGCCUUGAGAAAGGUAUCGGUGCAGUUGUGAAACGAAAGAGCCGUCGGCAUUAUGGUACAUCCUGUGGCAGCAUUUUCAAAAAACAUGAGCACAUUAAGACUGACAUGUACAUCAACAUCUAUGAUGGAAAAAAGAGGGCGCGAAACCAGAUGAAAUGGCUAAUCAAGAAAGGACAAACCCUUGUUGCGUCAGAGGCAACGCAUGCAGCUACGGAAUUGACAAUGAAAUGGUGGUCAGUAUACCACGUAGCAGUGCUUACAGUCGAUUCUAACGACAUACCCCUGAGCGACUUGAAACGGAAAACGAGCCCGUGUGGUCGCCAGUACUACUCUAUCGGUGUUACCGUGCAUAUAUCUCUGCAGUCUUCCCUGGAGUUCUACGUCACAAUCAAGGGCAAGAAGUUCGGAUCCCUGACCGUCAGCUACGAUUGA